AUGUGGGGGCAUCCCAUUAAGAUAGCCAAUCCAGGCUAUCAAUGGACAAUACCCGCAGGGCACACUGUCAACGAUCCUGCAUUCGGUUCUCUGCCUAGCGCACCAGGCGUACCCGUGCCAGAAACAACAGGCACGAAUCUCCUCUAUGGGCAAACAACCACACUCAGCGGGCGGUCGCUUUCGCCUACACCGCAGGAACCGAGUGUGCCGCCGCCUGCAGGCGAACUUCCAGUUGUUCUUGGCACGCCGCAAGGAACAGCGACCGCAUCAUCUGCGCAGCUUUAUGCAGCAAGCCAAACACCUGUCAAUGCUGCGAGAGGGAAUGUACCCAUUGUGUCUAGAGCACCUGCUCCGACCGCUGUAAUGUGCCCUCGCAAAUCAGUUGCUGGGGUUCCGCUCUGCAUCUUCCUCUGUGCCCAACCGGCCUUUUACUUAUCCCUUGAUGAACACGAAUAUACCGCUCACCAUAAAGGUAACACACAGUCUGCCUCUGCAUUCGUUUUCAUAUCACAUAGCGAAUACAGCAAGUUAUGGUAA